AUGCAGGUCAGUCACCUAGAUAGGCCCGAGUCCACAGCCAAGGGGUCCUCCGCGCCCGUACAUGAAUGCUGCAGAAAUCUGCAAGGACCUCUGCUCAUUGCAUAUGCACAGUCUGGAUGUAUCGAUCUUCUUGCCUUUUUGUCAGGCCAGGGCAUGCGGUUUCGCGACCAUCAUAGGAUGCCUAGGACUCGAGGCUGUCGCUUCCCCGCCCUCGGCGACCCACUAAGAGCUGCCGGAUUACAACGAGCGCAGCAGCCCGGACGGGACCUGGAGGACGUUGUAUGGCAUGCCAGAGCGUGA